AUGGCGGACGUCGCUAAAAAUACCACCUCAGGGGUUCGAUCGUACUUAAAAUCAGUCCACGAGAUUUCUGAGCCAGAGCAAAUUGAGAUUGCCAUCCGCAAAUGCUUCCAGGAAUCCCAGCUGUCCGUGUCCUCUCAUGGGAAGCAGAUCGCCAUUCUAAAAGCCCUCCAGUUGAAAUGUCGCGAACAGAGGCUGCAGUCACAGUUCAAUGAGCUGUUUUGCAAGCUGGUUAACAAGGUUCUUCCGAUCAAACGUAACGAGCCAGUGGGUGACCGCAUAGUCAAAUUCAUUUCGUCAUUUGUGAGCUCUAUCAACCCUGAAUCAGAGGACGACAACGCCAAGGUCGACAAGCAGGACGAGAGAAUGUACAACCAGUUUAUAGACAGGCUUGCUCGUCACUUGCUAAAUGGUCUGGAAGCCAAUAAUAAGAAUGUUCGGUACAGAGCGUGUCACAUCCUCUCGCAUCUAAUGAACAAUAUGACGUCAAUUGACAGCGAUCUGUAUGAAGCCCUUAGCGAAGGGCUGCUCGCUAGAAUAUAUGACAAGGAGCCGCAUAUCCGAAUCAAGGCCAUCACAACUCUGGCAAGCUUCCAGGAGCCAGACGGAAGCCAGGAGCUGAGCAACGCAGCAAUGAAAAUCCGCUAUGUGAUGCAGAAUGACACGAAUCCAGAGGUCAGGCGAGCAUGUUUGCGCCAAAUUGAGAAAACCAAGCAUACUGAGCCGUACAUAUUCGAAAGGGCAAGAGAUACGAACUCCGUCAACAGAAGACUGUUGUACUCCAAAGUGCUACCUGAUUUCAAAGAUUUCAGGCGCAUAGAUUACAAGGCUCGAGAACAGUUGUUAAGUUGGGGUCUGAAGGAUAGAGAAGAGUCCGUCAAGAAGGCGGCAAUCAAGUGGCUCACGGAAAAUUGGAUGCAGACUUUAAACAACGACGUCAUGGAGCUGCUUGAGCGUCUGAAAGUUACCAAGAGUGAUAUUGCGGAAACCGCCGUCCGUGUUUUCCUUGAUAACCGGCAGGAUAUUGUGGCCAAGAUAACCUUCGACGAACAGAUCAUGCGCUCAUUGACACCAGAGACUUCUCUUUUGCUAAGGGUCUAUUAUCAGCAUUGCAAUGAUACGAACAAAAUCACGCAGGUUGAAAAAUACUUCCCGGAAGCCGCUCAGUUCGCCGAUAUAUUGAAUGGCUAUUUUGCGAAGCGAAAAGAGUGUCUGAUUGUAUUGACUCAACAAAAACCAAUAUUAGAGGCAGAGAGCUCCGUUGAUAUGACAGAGAUUGAAGAGCUGGACUUCGUGCUGCGACAAUUGCUGAUUGUGGCUUCCGAAUAUGACUAUAGUGAUGAGUUCGGACGAAGCAGGAUGCUGAACACACUAAGAGCGGUGCUCACGAGCGAUCAUUUGUCGGAUAACCUGAUUGAGGUCCUCAUGCUUUGUAUACAUAAACUGUCCAUCAGCGAGCGCGAUUUCACACAAAUGAUUGUCGAGAUCAUCAAUGACCUUAAAGACUCGGCUUACGAAAAACAAAACACGUUAGAAGGCAUUGCCGGAGAAAGUUCCCGCGUGGAGGAUGAUCUGAACGAAAAUGACGAUGACGACGACGAUGAUGACGAUGAUGAGAGUAGUUUCCACUCUGCAAGAGAGCUGUCCCGAUCAUCAAUUGCGAGCGCCAAUAGAUCGAUGCAACAAGAAUUGAAACAGGUCGUAGAACUAAGUCCCGAAAAUUUGAUUGAAUGUCUAUCCAUUGCUCGCCGAAUGCUUGAGCUUGUGAACGAGCCUUUGAAGGAUAACAUCACCUUGAUGUCCAUUCUCGAUAGCCUGAUUCGUCCUUCUAUUCGCCGAUCUGAAACCGAAAUCAGAAAGCUGGGUCUCAUUUGUUUAGGUCUCUGCUGCAUUCUUGACAAGGAAUUGGCUGCUGACAGCAUUUUCAUUUGUGCGAUAUUUGUUACGAAAAGCAGCGAGGAGUCGCUUGUUGUCACCGGUAUCAAAGUUAUUUCUGACUUGCUCGCAGUCCACGGAAUCUCUGUUCUGGAGGCAGGCAUGGCAAACAGCGUGGAUGCCAUUGCAAUAGCGCGGCUAUUCUACCGUACGCUGAGAGACACCAGCCGUAAAGAGGCCCAAGCCACUUCAGGGGAAGCCUUGUACAAGCUGUUUUUAUGUGGAGUUAUUACUGAUGACGAGUUGUUCGAAACCACACUGCUUUCCUAUUUCAACCCUGCAAUCAACGACAACGAGCAGCUGAAACAGUGUUUUUCGUUCUGUAUCCCUGUCUAUGCUUUCUCUCAUGAAUCGCACCAAGAAAGAAUUGCUCGCGUCACUUGCGACACGCUAUUCAGAUUAUUCAGUGGGUGGGACGAGAUGACGGAAGCCGGUGGCGCUUCCUCGAUAACAGCGCAAUCUAUUGUUCAGCAACUGAUGUACUGGACCGAUCCCUAUCGAGUAGUCAACAAAGCUCCGGGUCAAGCGGCCGGCAGUUCGGUACAGGUCGAGGUUGGGCUCCAACUUUUGUCUUUGCUGGAGAAACUAGAGUACUCCGGGGCUACUAAGCCCUUUUACAAAGCCAUAAUGACCUCGCUUCCGCGGCUCACCUUUACGGAACAAUGCAAUGUCGCGAAGCUGGAACAACUAUACACUUCGAUUGAGCAGCUGGAAGGCGUAUUAGAAAAGCCUCUGAAGGAUCAGCCCUCUAGGAAUGCAUACAACAGGUUCAAGGAAUAUGUAUUUGAAUGUCUGGAUAAGGCAGGUGGACAAACCGAGAAGCACGAUGAGCAACAGGAGGAGCAGCAGCAGGAGGAAAAGGAGGAAGAGGCGAAAGAGGAAGAAGAAAUUGAGGAGCCCGCUUUCGAAUUACCAGCUGGUUCUCAAAAAGAGCUAUUUGAAGAGCCGGCUGUUGAAGUGAAUACGAAUUCCGCCUCUAUGCACGAGCACACACGUCAAGAGUCUACAUCUCCUGAAACUCAGGAAAGAGCAGAGAAGAAAUCCUCGAAAAAGCCCAGAUCGAAAAAAUCUGCCAAGAAAACAAAAAAAAUCGAAGCUGCAUCCCUUCCAGAUGAGGGAACAGAGCCUAUAAAGACGGUUAGCCACUCAAAAAUCAAAAAACUUGAGCACAAGAGGCGUGUGAAGAGUGAGGAUGGAGGACUGAUAGGCCGAAAAGCCAAGGCGAGAUCGACAAAGCCAAAAGAAACGAAGAAAAAGAAGAGAAGCCACUCGUUCUCAGAUUCGGAAGACGAAAAGCCUGCGACUACAUUUCCACUCAAAGAAGAAAGCGAGGAUGAAGUUGGCGACACGUCGGCAAUUGUUCUCGUUUCGGAUGAUGAUUGA